GCCCCCCGAGUGCCCAUGGCGACGCGGGUGCUGACCAUGAGCGCCCGCCUGGGACCCGUGCCUCAGCCGCCGGCCCCGCAGGACGAGCCCGUGUUCGCUCAGCUCAAGCCGGUGCUGGGCGCCGCGAACCCGGCCCGCGAUGCGGCGCUCUUCCCCGGCGAGGAGCUGAAGCAUUCGCACCACCACCCGCAGGCGCAGCCCGCGCCGCCGCCGCCGCCCGCCGCGGGCCCGCGGCUGCCCCCGGAGGAGCUGGUCCAGACAAGAUGUGAAAUGGAAAAGUAUCUGACACCUCAGCUUCCUCCAGUUCCCAUAAUUCCAGAGCAUAAAAAGUAUAGACGAGACAGUGCCUCAGUGGUAGACCAGUUCUUCACUGAUAGUGAAGGGCUGCCUUACAGUAUCAACAUGAACGUCUUUCUCCCUGACAUCACUCACCUGAGAACUGGCCUCUACAAGUCCCAGAGACCGUGCGUAACACACAUCAAGACAGAGCCUGUUACCAUUUUCAGCCACCAGAGUGAAACGACCGCCCCUCCUCCGGCCCCGACCCAGGCCCUCCCCGAGUUCACCAGUAUUUUCAGCUCCCACCAGGCCGCAGCUCCAGAGGUGAACAAUAUCUUCAUCAAACAAGAACUUCCUACACCAGAUCUUCAUCUUUCUGUCCCUCCCCAGCAGGGCCACCUAUACCAGCUGCUGAACACACCGGAUCUAGACAUGCCCAGUUCUACAAACCAGACCGCAGUGAUGGACACUCUCAAUGUUUCUAUGUCAGCCGCCAUGGCAGGCCUGAACACACACACCUCUGCCGUUCCACAGACUGCAAUGAAACAAUUCCAGGGCAUGCCCCCUUGCACAUACACAAUGCCAAGUCAGUUUCUGCCACAACAGGCCACUUACUUUCCCCCAUCACCACCGAGCUCAGAGCCUGGAAGUCCCGAUAGACAAGCAGAGAUGCUCCAGAAUUUAACCCCACCGCCAUCCUAUGCUGCUACCAUUGCUUCCAAGCUGGCAAUUCACAAUCCAAAUUUACCUGCCACGCUGCCAGUCAAUUCGCAAAACAUCCAACCUGUCAGAUACAAUAGAAGGAGUAACCCCGACCUGGAGAAACGCCGCAUCCACUACUGCGAUUAUCCUGGCUGCACAAAAGUUUAUACAAAGUCUUCUCAUUUAAAAGCUCACCUGAGGACUCAUACUGGUGAGAAGCCGUACAAGUGCACCUGGGAAGGCUGCGACUGGAGGUUCGCGCGCUCCGACGAGCUGACUCGCCACUACCGGAAGCACACGGGCGCCAAGCCCUUCCAGUGCGGCGUGUGCAACCGCAGCUUCUCACGCUCGGACCACCUGGCCCUGCACAUGAAGCGGCACCAGAACUGAGCGCCGCCGCCAGCCGCCCCACGCUCCGCAGCCCUUCUGGCCACCUUAUCCGCUACAAACUUAACCUGUUCCUAUAAAAUAAGAAAACAAAACAAAAAACUGGAAAUGUAUAUUUUGUAUAUUUGAGAAAACAGGGAAUACAUUGUAUGAAUACCAAAGUGUUUGGUCGUUGUCAGAAUCCGGAAUGCUCGCUGUCACGUCCAUGGCUUUCCUCGGGCCGGCUUCAUCUCCUGACAGGCAGCAGCAUGCGGGCGGGGCGGGGGCGCCGUCACUUAACGGGACAGUGUUUGGUGAACAAGUCAGCUGGCAGGCGCCGGAAGAAGGAUGCAUAGACUGUGUGUGUCAAGAUUUUACUUGACGUCGAGUAGGUUUUUUGAGGAUAGAUGAUUCCCGAUAGGUGCGCAGCAGUACCUGGCAAUUCACAAAUAAUAGCCAUUGAACAAAUGUGUUUUGGGUUUUUUUUAUAUAUGAGUUGCCUAUAUUUGCUAUUCAAGAUUUUGUAAAUAUGCAAAUCAGCUUUAUAGGUUUAUUACAAGUUUUUUAGGAUUCUUUUGGGGGGAAAAAUCAUAUUUCUUUUUGAAAAUAACCAUGAGUACAUUCACAGAAUUUGUGGUAAGAUACCUUUCAACAUCACCAAAUUCAUUUCUUUAAGGGGAAGGAAUAAUAAUCAUUCAAAUGAACUUUAAAAGCAAAUUUCAUGCACUGAUUAAAAUAGGAGUGUUUAUUUUAAAUAAAACGUUUUAUAUGAAUUGUAAACUGAAGAGCUUAAAGAUAGUUACAAUAUAUGAAAGUUAAACCUCUUACAAUAAGCUAAACAGUAUCGUUUUUAAGAAGGACUGUAGUUUUCACAUAUGGCAAUGUUGAAUUGAUGACGUUUUCUUAUACUGAGAUGUUUGCUCGUUCAGUACUGUCGGAUAAAUGACAAUUUAUGUGGGUUUUGCAUGUAAUAUACAGUGAGACACAGUAAUUUAAUCUAAAUUACAGUGCAGUUUAGUUAAUCUGUUAAUACUGACUCAGUGUCUGCCUUUAAAUAGAAAUGCUAUGUUGAAAACGUAAGGCAGCGAGUGCUACAUAUAUGCAAUAUAAAACAGUAAUGUGAUGCUGAUGCUGUUAACCAAAGGGCAGAAUCCAUAAGCAAAAUGCCAAAAGGGGUCUUAAUUGAAAUGAAAAUUUAAUUUUGUUUUAAAAAUAUUGUUUAUCUUUAUUUAUUUUGUGGUAAUAUAGUACGUUUUUUUAGAAAACAAUUUUCAUAACUUGAUAAAUUAUAGUUUUGUUUGUUAGAAGAGUUGCUCUUAAAAUGUGUAAAUAGAUGACAAACGGUGUAAAUAAUUUUGUAAGAGGCUUCAAAAUGUUUAUACGUGGAAACAUUACCUACAUAAAAAGCAUAAAUUGGUUGCUGUUUUGCUUCUUUUUCCCUCUUAUUUUUGUAUUGUGGUCAUUUCCUAUGCAAAUAAUGGAGCAAACAGCUGUAUAGUUGUAGAAUUUUUUGAGAGAAUGAGAUGUUUAUAUAUUAACGACAAUUUUUUUGGAAAAUAAAAAGUGCCUAAAAGAUUCAUGUUGUGCCUUUCUUCUUCACCCACAAUAGCAAGCACAAUUAGCAAAUUCCAUUCCCAAAACAAGUUGUUUAAAAAGAAUCUGAUGAGGGCUGUUAAUGAACGACUGAUUCUCAGGCAUUCUUAGAAGAGUCAUGUCUAACUAUGCUACCUUUAAGACAGAGGAAAGGGGUUUAUUUUUAAAAUAUAA